AUGAUGUGCCUCCUUAUCGGUUUUAUAAUCAUCGUUUAUAUCUUGUAUCGUUUAUAUCAGCAUUUUUUUCCGACACCAAACAUCAAUCCUAAUGGUAAAUAUGUUCUUAUUAGUGGUUGUGAUACUGGAUUCGGUCAUGGAUUAACGAUUGAACUUGAUAAACAAGGUUUUCAUGUUCUUGCUGGUGUUUUCGUUCCUGACAACGUAACAUCUCUUAAAGAAAAACUUUCGCCAAGAGCUACUGUCUUUCGUCUUGAUAUUACUAAACAAGAAGAUAUUGAUGCUGCGUUUAAAUUAGUCAAUGAGAAAACAAAAGUUCUUCAUGCACUUGUUAACAAUGCUGGAAUUGCUGUUAUUGGCCAUAUUGAUUGGACAUCAAUGGAAGAUAUGCGUAAAGUGAUGGAUGUGAAUUACUUUGGACAUGUUGCAAUGACAAAGAAAUUUUUACCCUUACUUAUUGCUAAACGUGAUUCACGUAUUGUUAAUAUUUGUUCUGUAGCUGGUUAUCUCGCUUUAUCAAGUGGAUCUGCUUAUUGUGCAUCAAAAUAUGCUCUUGAAUCAUUUUCGGAUUGUUUACGUCGUGAGAUGGUCCCAUGGAGUUUACGUGUUAGUAUUAUUGAACCCGGUGCAAUGCGUACACCAAUUCUGCAAGGAGGUUCUAAGUCAUACUUAGACUUUUUGAGUACGAUUCCCAAGGAUGCUCAAGAACGAUGGGGAGAAAAUUUUCUCAAAGCACAUUAUGAUAACUUGGCAAAGAAUGUGUUCGUCAAGUAUGCCGAAAACCCUACGAAAGUCGUUCAAGCUCUUCAGCAUGCUGUUAUGAAUACAGUUCCUCAUAUUCGUUAUCGACCUGGUUGGCAAUCAAGUUUUCUUUUCUUUCCAGUUUCUCGUUUACCAGCAUGGAUUAUUGAUUGGAUUUUUAGUAAAUUAGAUAAAUUACCUCAUGUUCCUGCAGGUGUUUCUCAACAACUUAAAGACUAA